AGCAGCAGCAGCACGCCUUGCUGCAUAGAAAGGAAGCGGCGAUCCUCCUCCUCCUCUCCUCCAGAGGAGAAGCCAAGAGGACGGGUAUAAAUAUGAAUGAAGACCCGACGGUUAAUUUAACCUGGCUGCCUCAAGACCGCUUGGAAGCCACUCCGACAGAGAAUGUCUCCGCUUCGGUCUCCACCUCGAUGCCUGUCAAUGAGCCAGACUUUAUUGUCAACCCUUGGGAUAUUGUCUUGUGUACUUCGGGAACUCUUAUCUCCUGUGAAAAUGCUGUUGUCGUCCUUAUUAUCUUCCACAAUCCUAGUCUUCGCGCCCCAAUGUUCCUCCUGAUAGGCAGCCUGGCCUUGGCAGACCUCUUAGCAGGGAUUGGGUUGAUCUUCAAUUUUAUUUUGGCCUACCUUCUCCAGUCGGAAUCUACCAAGCUGGUCACGGUCGGACUGAUUGUCGCCUCUUUCUGUGCCUCCAUCUGCAGUUUGCUGGCUAUCACAGUGGACCGAUACCUCUCCCUGUAUUAUGCUUUGACUUACAAUUCAGAGCGGACCGUCACUUUUACCUACAUCAUGCUGGUUUUGCUCUGGGGAGGCUCCAUCUGUGUUGGGCUGCUGCCUGUCCUGGGCUGGAACUGCCUCAAAGACGAAUCCACCUGCAGUGUUAUCCGGCCGCUCACUAAAAAUAACGCGGCCGUCCUCUCCGUCUCCUUCUUGCUCAUGUUUGCUCUCAUGCUACAGCUGUACAUCCAGAUCUGUAAGAUCGUCAUGCACCAUGCCCAUCAGAUUGCCUUGCAACACCACUUCCUGGCCACGUCUCAUUAUGUGACGACCCGAAAAGGAGUUUCAACUUUGGCCAUUAUCCUGGGAACCUUUGCUGCUUGCUGGAUGCCUUUCACACUCUAUUCUUUAAUAGCUGACUACACCUAUCCAUCAAUAUAUACCUAUGCUACCCUCCUUCCGGCCACGUACAAUUCCAUCAUCAACCCUGUGAUAUAUGCUUUCCGAAACCAAGAAAUCCAAAAGGCACUUUGGCUCAUCUGCUGCGGCUGCAUCCCUUCCAAUCUUUCCGCAAGAGCACGAUCGCCCAGCGAUGUUUGAUUAACAGAGAGUUUGUUUAGCAUUGUGUUCUAUGGCUCUGCUGCUUUCAUUGCAUUGUACAUAAGAGGUUUGCAUCCAAGCCACGGGACUAUCGACCUUUUAAGGAGGAAAAAUCCCACUGACCAAAAGAAACUGGAUCAUGUAAUUUCAGGAACAUUCCUGGAAGCACAAUUACUUCCUUGCCAACUGUAAGGUUGCAAUUCUAUACUUAUU